AUGAUGCUGUUCAACGAUCGCUGUUUUCUUGUCAUUGGAGAAAUACGUUCAUUUGAUAAUAAUCAGUUUGAACUGAUCGGAUACACCUUCUGCACAUCGGCUAAAUACGAUCGAUUAAACGGCGAUGCCAUUUGGAUUACCCAAUUGGUUGUUAGCGCUUCUUACCGAGGUCAAGGUGUCGCCGGAACCCUGCUUUCCAUGGCUAAGAAUAGCAUUGCAGAUGCUGUCAUCAUUGGACUCGUUUCUUCACAUCCGCACGCAGUGAUCGCGCUUUCGAACGCUUGCAAUUGCAUUCCAAUCGACUUGAAAUUUAUUGCUGAUCAUGCAGAAGAUGUCAUUCGAGCGUGCCACGUUCCUUAUCUUUCACAGGCUCAACUUGUCGGUUCUAUUUUCAACAGUCAACCUCUUCUCACUGAAAAUAACAAUCAGCAACCUGUUUCGCUCGUCAAAACAGACUUUUUCGUUGAUCACAAGGAAGUCUUGGCCGUUCUCGAACAUAUUCGCGACAGGUGGAUUCUCGGACCUCUUUUGGAUGGUCACGAAUUUUUCGCCGUGUUGCCAGCCACCUGCGUUCGCCAUUCAAAGACUCGGUCGAGUGGAUCUUCAUGUAAUAGUUCACCAUAA